AUGGCUUCAGAAGGAGCAUCUCCAGUGCUGGGAACGGAUGUGACCAUGAACCCCGGUGCCUCCUCGUCUACUUUCACGGCAGUGCCCUUCCCUCCACCCAUUCCUGGGGCCGAGGACCGGCCACCCUGGCAGAAGCACCUGCCACGUCCCAUCACCCCAGCAUUCCCUCCUGGCAACAGCCUGCUGCUGCCAGCUUUCCCCAGGACGCCUUUGGUGGCUAAUGGUGGCCGUGGCCCCAGUGCCCCUGGGGCUUGCAACCUCACUGUCCAAGUCAGCUCACAAGGGAGGCCACUGGAGGCCCCCCAGACUCAGACCUUUGUCGUUACUCAGGCCCCCCUCAACUGGAGCGCUCUAGGGGCCCUUAGCAGGAGUGCUGAAUGUCCUGCAUGUCCUGCACCCGUAUUCUUAGCAACCCCUGUGAUGGGGACCGUUGUGACUGCUCCAGCUGUUGGACUUAGUCAGGCUGGCAAGGGAGGCUGGACCCCAGGCUUUCCUCCUCAAGCUCCACCACCAGCUGCCCAGCUGGCCCCUAUCAUUCGCCCAGUGAACUCUGGGCCAUGGCCACAUGGCGCUUCCAGGGAGGGCCGCCUGGCCACCAACCAGUCCAACGCCUCGCAGGACGACUCCUCUAACCCCCAGAGAGAGUACAGUAACUUCCUACGUAGGCAGCACAUCAAGCCCCUGGCCCGGAGACACUUUCGCCUGAGUCCUGAUGCAGAAGCUUUUUCCUGCUUUCUCAUCCCAGUGCUUCGAUCCUUGGCCCGCCUAAAUCUCACUAUGCCGCUGGAGGACGGACUGUGGAGGGCCGUGCAGGAAUGGCGGCGCUUGAGCAACCUUGACCGGAUGAUCUACUACGAGAUGGAGGAAAAGUUCAUGGAAUUUGCGGCCGAGGAGGAGAUACACAUUCAGAAUUUGCAGUGCAUGCAGUGCGCGCAGGACCUGCCUCCUCCAGCCCCACCGAAGCUGGAUCCUCGGGGGCCCCCAGCCCCGUAUGUGGACAGGAUGGAGGCGCUGGUGGGGCCCGUCCACUCAGGCAGAGGCAAGUCACAUGCAGAAUGUGGAAAGGACGGAAAUGAGCCGAAGCAGGAAGAGGACGACACCUACAUGGACCCGUGUCUCUUGAGCUACAUGGACAAGCAGCGUUCCCGGGAAGACUCUGUCACCAAGGAGAUUCCCCCUGAGACUGUGAGGGAGUAUGUGGACAGGAUGGAGGCGCUGGUGGGGCCCGUCCACUCAGGCAGAGGCAAGUCACAUGCAGAAUGUGGAAAGGACGGAAAUGAGCCGAAGCAGGAAGAGGACGACACCUACAUGGACCCGUGUCUCUUGAGCUACAUGGACAAGCAGCGUUCCCGGGAAGACUCUGUCACCAAGGUGGAGGCAGUCAUUCACCCUCGAUUCCUGGCAGAAUUGUUUUCCCCAGACCCACAUCUGGAUCUCUUGGCCCUUGCUGAGGAGCUGAAGCAGGAGGAAGGACUCACCCCUGAAGAACUGGUGCAGAAACGACUCCUGGCCUUGAGAGAGUACAGUAACUUCCGACGUUGGCAGCGCUUCAAGCCCCUGGCCCGGAGACACUUUCGCCUGAGUCCUGAUGUAGAAGCUUUUUCCUGCUUUCUCAUGUGA